AUGUCGCUCUCAAAGUCUCUUCGAUCUCUCCCUGCUUCUACUAAGCAGGUCUACGACUAUGUGGUUGUCGGUGGCGGAAGUACCGGUUGUGUAAUGGCCAAUCGCCUCUCAUCGAACCCCAAUGUACGAGUGGCUUUACUGGAGACAGGCUCAGAUGAUAACACGCCGCUCAUCCGUAACCCCAGUGGGUUUUUCUGGACCGUUCCCUACAGUAAAAAGUACAACCAUCGAUACUGGACAACACCUCAGAAGAACUGUAAUGGUAGGAACAUGUUUCAGCCUCGUGGUCGCGGAGUCGGCGGCUCCUCUGCGAUUAACGCUAUGCAGAAUCACAUUGGCCCAUAUAGUAAGCGCAUUGUCAAAGCAGGCAACGAGUUGGGAUGGAAAACAACCGAUGACUUUAAUGAAGCAGACCAGUCUGGAGUAGGGUAUUAUGAGUACACACAGACCAAGGGUGGGCGCUGCAGCGCUGGUGUUGCCUUUCUUACCCCAGAGGUCCGAGCUCGCCCAAAUCUGGAUGUUAUCGUUGAUGCUCAUACCACAAAGGUAAUCACGGAAGGCAAACGGGCGACUGGAGUGCAUACAGUGGUAUCAGGCAGCUCAGAUUCUGCUAACCCCGUAACAUUCGAAGCGAAAAAGGAUGUUGUCCUGUGUGGUGGUGCAUUUAACAGUCCACAGUUACUGAUGCUUUUAGGAAUUGGCCCUAAGGACCAGCUUACUAAGCACGGAAUUGAUGUAGUACAUGAAUUGCCAGGAGUGGGUCAGAAUCUUCAAGAUCAUGCCGACAUUUGCGUGAAUGCAAAAACUUCGAGAAUAAGUAUGCCACUGCAAAUCGGGCUCACCAACCUACCAAGUCAGAUUAAGCACUUCUUCCUAGGUCUCUUCAUUCUUUAAAAGCAAGCCUGACAUUCCCGCU